AUUCUGGCCAUGUGGCCGGUUAGUGACCCGAGACGUUUAUUCGACGAGCCUCGGCCCUGUUUGUGUUUGUGGACACGUCGAAAACGGUUUUACGUAACGCCCGCGCGGGGCUAGCUGUUGGCUCGCGAGGACAGAGUAGUGCGUGACGCUGUUUUUUAGUCUGUACUGUGAUGGGUUCUUGAUGUUUUGGAACAUCCAGAACACGAAGACCAUAAGUCUGAUCCAGCCUUAAGUGGAUCGACGUGCAGCCUCGCAGGAUGUAAAGCUACGGGGUGUUUUGAUAGGUGUUAUUUCUUUGUAAAUACUGUUAUUUGUAUAUACUGUAAAUGAUGACAUCCAUGGGCGGAAACCGAGCCCGGGGCAGCUGGGAGCAGACACAGAGCCAGACACAGCACAAGCAGAGGCCCCAGGCGACCGCUGAGCAGAUCCGACUGGCGCAGAUGAUUUCAGACCACAACGAUGCAGACUUUGAAGAGAAGGUCAAACAGCUGGUUGACAUUACAGGCAAGGAUCAGGACGAGUCCAUGAUUGCCCUGCAUGACUGCAACGGAGACGUCAACAGAGCCAUCAACGUGUUGCUCGAGGGCAACCCUGACACCGACUCCUGGGAAAUGGUGGGUAAGAAAAAAGGAGUAUCGGGUCAGAAGGAGAUCAGCCAGGCUGAAACCGGCGAGGAAGGAAAGGAGAACCGGGAGAAAGGAGCAGAGAAAGAUGCCGCACGCCGUCGGGGCGGAGCUCCGCGGAGAAGCCGUGGAACCAGCAGAGGGCGGGACUUUCGCAGCCAGGAAAACGGCCUGGACGGAGGAAAAGCUGCAGUCGCAGGAAGAGGAGCGGAGCGAGGCCGGAGGGGCAGGGGCAGAGGAAGGGGGGCAGUUGGGCUGUCUGGACGGCGAGGAGGAGGAGGCAGAUUCUCGGCGCAGGGCAUGGGCCAGAUUUGUAAAGAGUCCAGAAAUGAUAUAACAGGAGGUGGAAGAACCUUCAACCCAGCAGACUAUGCAGAACCCGCCCAGACAGAGGAAGGCUACGGAGGAGGCAGCAGCACCUGGAACAACACGGGCAGCGUGGAGCCGGAGGAGGGAUCACGGUUGGAGUACCCUGGAGGAGAGGGAACCAAUUACCCCCCAAAGUUUGAUUCUGCCCCCGGUGCCUGGCGUUCUGCCACGGAGGAGUGGGGGACCGAAGACUGGAAUGAAGAUCUUUCAGAGACUAAAAUCUUCACAGCUUCCAGUGUGGCAUCAGUGCCUCUGCCGCAAGAGAACGUCACCAUCACCAAAGGACAGAGGAUCGAUCUCGCGGUGCUUCUGGGAAAAACUCCUCCUUCUUCUUCCUCUGAGACAGAAAACACCCCCAUGGAGCCCCCCCAGACCCCCUCCCUGUCACUGGUUUUCAGCAACUCCAAGCAAGGGGCUUCGCUGUCCCAGUCCUCCUCCAGCAGUCCCUACGCCCAGCACAGCAUGGGCGGCAUGCUGAGCAAAGGCUUCGGGGACGUCGACCCUAAAGGCGGCAGCACCGGAACCACCGGAUCCCAGUUUCUGGAACAGUACAAAACGGCCCAGGCGCUGGCCCAGCUGGCCGCUCAGCACUCCCAGAGUGGACCGACCAACACGGCGCCUUCAUCCUGGGACACCGGCGCCGGCCCGCUGGGACAGUUCGACAUGAAAGCUCCGGCAGAGCCUGGGAUCCACACACCCUUUACGAAGCGGCAGCCGUACCAGGCGGCCACCUCGACCUCAUCCAUGUUGGAUGUUUUCCUGCAGGACAAAGGGCUGUCGGCUUCCUCCUCCUCUUCCUCUUUACCGCAGCAUUCCACAUCCUCCUCCCUUCCCAAAAUGGGAUCAAUGGCUUCUGUCGGUCACCAAGUCUCUCCCAGCUCCUCGGACGUCCAGGGUUCGAGUCCGCUGCCUCUGCAGCAGCACAAGCUGAAGCAGCAGAAGAAGAGGACGUCCCUCACGACCAAAAUUCCAGUCAUGGCGGUGGAGAUGCCUGGAUCCACAGACAUCUCAGGCCUCAAUCUGCAGUUUGGAGCUCUGCAGUUCGGUUCAGAACCAGUUCUACAAGAAUACGAGACCGGCCCGGCCACGACCACACCGAGUAACCAGGCUCAGAAUAGCCUCUACACCGCCCCCAGCAGCGAGCCCACCUCAGCUCUCUCCAGCUCCAACCAGAUGGACAUGUACGACCAGAGAGCUGCUCAAACACGCCGUUACCCCCCCUCCGUGUCCUCGUCUCCUCAGAAGGACAUGCAGCCCAAAAACGGCUUCAGUUCUAUGCAGGCGUCUCCGUCUGUGGAAGCUGCAGCAGGCCCUGCAGCCUCAGCCAAGAGCUCGGACUCCAGCAUGGGCUCUCUGGCAGACGGCGGCUCCGGCCCCGCCUCGCUGUUAACCACGUCCAACCAAGCGUCUCUUAGCGUUCUGGGCCACAGUGAAGACCUGCCCCCGAGCGCCGUUCCCCCUCCUCAACAGAACAGCGCUCACCCGUCACAACAGAACAACCUUCCUUCAUCUUCAGGGAGGACAUCCAACUCCAGCAUUCUUCAUCCCGGCGUAGACGCCGACUCCAACCUACACUCCUCUUUCCCCUCCUCUGUGUCAGCGGUGCCAUCUUCAUCGGUCCCUUCUUCCUCCUCUUCCUCCGCGGCGGCUGCACAGGCGUCGUUGGGCGUCCCUCAGGGCUCCUCCGUGGGCCCCGCCACAGUCUCCGCUCCCUCUGGUCUCGGCCCCGUCACUGGUUUGGCCAUGGGCCUCGGCCCCGCCUCUAUGGGCGGCCCCGCAGCAGGCCCUGCCUCCGUUUUAGCUUCUGCGGCGUCACCAAGCAUUCCUUCGUCAGCGGCGUCUUCUUCCACACGCAGCUCUGCAGCAUCCUCAGGGAAAGCCCCUCCCAAUCUGCCGCCGGGGGUGCCCCCUCUACUGCCCAACCCGUACAUAAUGGCCCCUGGACUGCUGCACGCCUAUCCUCCUCAGGUGUACGGCUACGACGACCUCCAGAUGCUGCAGACCAGGAUCCCACUGGAUUAUUACAGCAUCCCGUUUCCGACCCCCACGACAGCAUUGACCGGAAGGGAGGGGAGUCUAACCAGCAACCAUUAUUCUGGUGAACUGGCGAAAUUUGGGCGAGGCGACGCCUCCUCCCCCGCCCCCGCGACCACGUUGGCCCAGACGCAGCAGAGUCAAACCCAGACGCACCACACCACCCAGCAGCCCUUCCUCAACCCGGGCCUGCCCCCCGGUUACAGCUACCCCAGCCUCCCUUAUUACACCGGCAUGCCGGGCCUUCCCAACACCUUCCAGUACGGACCCGCCGUGUUUCCGGUGGCUCCUACCUCGUCGAAGCAGCACGGCGUGAAUGUUGGCGUCAACGCAUCGGCCACGCCCUUCCCACAGGCCAGCGGCUACGGUUCCCACGGAUACAGCACUGGCUAUGAGGAUGUGGGCCAGGCUUCAGGGAGUGGGGAUUUCUGUAAGGGCGGAUACGGCGCUGCCGUGGCCGCCGCCGCUUCCGCACAAAACAAGCCAGCCAGCUCCGUCACCGGGCCUGGAGUCGGUGUGUCGGUGACAUCGAGCAACACGGGGGUUCCUGACAUUUCCGGAUCUGUUUACACAAAGACACAGUCGUUUGACAAGCAGGGUUUCCACGCGGGAACGCCGGCGGCUUCCUUCAGCCUGCCGUCAGCCCUGGGGAGUGGAGGGCCCAUCAACCCCCCGGCCGCCGCUGGCUACGCCCCUGCCCCCUUUAUGCACAUCCUGGCCCCCCACCAACAGCCCCACUCCCAGAUUCUGCACCACCACCUGCAGCAAGACGGGCAGAGCGGCGGCGGCCAGCGCAGCCAGAACGCCUCCAUCCAACAGAAGUCUCAGAUCAACAAGUCUGCGUACAACAGCUACAGCUGGGGGGCCAACUAACGUCCAGAGGGGGGACACCCCCCACAUCGCCGGUGGGCCGGACCGCAGGACUCGACGCCCUUCCUGCAGAACCGUCUCCUCACGUGAACUCCCUGCUCCUCCUGCAGCCUCGACCGUGGUCGGGGGGAGGACAAGCAGGGGGGGGCAUGGAGGCUAAAGGGUUUUAUAAAAUGAAACAGGAAUUUGUUUUUCAGACCCCCCCGUCCCUCCCCCUCGCCUGUAACAUAGAACUGUUUUCUAAAAGAACCAACAUUUCCUGAAUGGGUUCUGUUUCCUUUCUUUGGUCCUCCAUUUUUUUUGGCUUGAGGGGAGAAAACCUGACUGGGGGGGGGGGGGCGGUUUCAUAUUCUCACCUUCACCUGUGCUUUCAUCCAGACCCCCCCCAUACAAUAUAUCCCAAAAUAAGUUGCUGUUGAAUGCUUUCCCCCCCUUUUAUGUCAUUUUUAAGUUUGAAGAAGCAGUUGGUAGAGUCGUGAAGUUUAUUUUUUACCAAAUCUAGAUCUAUUCUAUAUACAGAGGCUGUGGGGACAACGCGUCAUGUGACGGCGUGCGUGUUUGAACACGUGGGGAUUGUGAUCAGAAACGUUUGGGCUCAGGGCGGUUGGGCAUGCGGCGUUUGUACAGUAACUCCUCCCAUGAAUCCUAACCGCAUCCGGACGGAAGGACAGACGGAUUCCCGUCCUUCCUCCUCCUCCUCCUCCUCCUGUCUUCUAACAUAAAAGGAAACCCUGCAGCGUUGAAUACUGAUGGACAGAAUUGUAUUUUGGGUUUUGUUUCAUUUUCAGUGAUUUAUUUUUAUUUUUUUUUGUACUGUGCGUUUUAAAACAAAAUCUAAAUGGAGAAAAACUAGUCUUGUACAUAUAAAAACACAAGUACUGUAGUCCCCGUUUGUCCAUGGCUUUUUCUUUCCUUCUCAAAUCCUUGCAGACUUGUUAGCUUUGUUUUCAUAUUUUUUUUAUUUUGUAAAAAUAUAUAAAUAUUAAGUAAAUAAACAAAGACGUUUUCAUCA